GAACUUGUGAAGCCUCUCUUUUUCUCAUGUGAUUGUUGUAAUAACCAUUACGAGUCCACCUCGCCGGCCACUUGGGUCACGCUCAAAGUCAGAACUCCCUAGCAUCCAAGAUGAAGAGAGGCAUCAGAAGCUUCUGCAAUGGUGUCGGCUCCACAUCAACUUUAAACCAGAGGAAAGCGGAGUGUGAUGUGUCUUGCAUUGCUGCUCCAUCUCCUGUCGGCUCCUGCACGGAGGAGAGCAACGAGAUGAGAAGCUCGCUAACUCUGGAGGAGAUGAUCUUGCAGCUGGAGCUGGAGGAAGAGGCGGCGAGGAGGGCCAAGCUUGAUGACUAUAGUGAGCUGCACCGCCGGAGGAUGUCUUGCGUGAACAACUCCGAUAUCCUGAGGUCGGCGAGGAAUGCGCUGAAUCAGUACCCCCGGUUCUCUCUCGACGGGAGGGAUGCCAUGUACCAGUCAUCCUUCCGCAACUUCGGUGCAAGGACUAGCGGAUUUGAACGUGGUCGGAAGUCUGUUUGUUGCUCCAGUGCAUGCAGGGGGUUGUCUUCCAGCGGCUAUGAGGUGGACGUGGAGAGAAGUCUUGGCUUGCCUCCAACUGUGGCAGGAGAGAGUGUAGUCUGGUGCAAGCCAGGUGUUGUGGCCAAGCUGAUGGGCCUGGAUGCAGUGCCGGUGCCGGUGAGCGGCAGGCGUGGAAGGAAGGCAUUGAAUCCUUUGUUUAGUAGGAAGCAGAGCCUAAGGAGGAUGGGGAAGCAUGAACUAGAGAAAGAGAGGCUUUUUAUGGGCAUCAAUGGUUGGAAGGGGAGGAUGAGGAGGGAACCACUUGGCUCGUGUUCGGCUGCUGGUUUUCGCUUGGCGAACCCAAUCUUUGCCGAGCCGGCAAGGGGCCGGGAGGAUUGGCGAUUCGCACGAGCACGUUAGCUCGCCAUCAUUUUGUUAUGAUGAUAUGAAUGUAUGAGGAUCCUUGUUUCUUGAUUUCUCUUUUCUUUGUGAGCCCAUGAAACUCCAAGAAGGUUGAUUGUAGUAGCUAUGUAAAUGAUGGUGUGAUCAUAAUCUUAUAGCUGCAGAUGAAUUUUAUGGUUCAUACCUUGAAUAAAAAGUUUAUUUUAGGUCCUCUUGCCCAA